AUGGUGAACACACUGGAUAAAUCCUUUUUGAGAAAUAGUUGUUGGAAGGAGGGCCUUUUCGAUGGCAAAGUCGUUUUUGUCACCGGGGGAGCGGGAACCAUCUGUAGAGUUCAAACCGAAGCAAUGGUGCUAUUAGGCUGUAAAGCAGCUAUCGUGGGCAGAAGUAGAGACAAAACUUGUAAAGUUGCAGAGGAAAUUUCGCAGCUAGGCAAAUCAGAUGGUUGUGUCUUGCCAUUAUCCAAUGUAGACGUCCGUGACAUCAAACAACUUCAGCAUGCGGUUAAUAAGACAGUGGAAACGUUCGGGAAAAUUGAUUUUGUAAUUGCUGGAGCGGCCGGUAACUUUAUUGCGCCCUUUACCAAGCUGUCGGCGAACGCUUUUAAAUCAGUUGUGGAUAUAGAUCUUCUCGGAAGUUUCAAUACUGUGAAAGCAUGCUAUCCGCAGUUGGAAAUGAACAAGGGCGCAGUACUCUUUGUGUCUGCUACUUUCCAUUACUACGGAGUUCCCUAUCAAGCGCACGUCGGAGCUGCUAAAGCGGGCGUUGACGCUUUAUCGAACGCCUUGGCAGUUGAGCUGGGCGUCUCUGGGAUCCGAUGCAAUUGUUUGGCGCCUGGUGCAAUUGCAAACACAGAAGGAAUGUCAAAACUAGCGGUGGGAGAUCCAGAAACAGAAAUAUCCCGUAGAAUACCUUUACAAAGACUAGGAACUACUAGAGACAUUGCCGAGGCAACGGUCUUUCUGUUUUCUCCUGCUGCACAAUACAUCACUGGAACAGUACAGAUUGUUGAUGGUGGCAUGUGGCAUUUAGGCACACAAUUUGGUCAUGACAUGUACCCAAAAGGGCUUGGGUUUAAACUGAAUGCAAAACUAUGA